AUGACAUCCGCGAACACGGAAGAGAUGACGGUUGAGAGCCGCUACGCGCUUAUUCGCAGCGUUGGUGAGGAGUGUAUUCAGGAGAAUGAGCUCAUGAACCUCGUCUCGAAAAAGCCAAACAUCCGCUGCUACGACGGCUUUGAGCCAUCAGGUCGCAUGCACAUCGCGCAAGGCAUCUUCAAGGCUGUGAACGUCAACAAGUGCACCAAGAGCGGCUGCGAGUUUGUCUUUUGGGUGGCGGAUUGGUUCGCCCUGAUGAACGACAAGGUUGGCGGUGAGCUGGAGAGGAUCCGCAUCGUUGGCGAGUACCUGAUUGAGGUCUGGAAGGCGGCCGGUAUGGACAUGGAGAAGGUGAGCUUCCUCUGGAGCAGUGAUGAGAUCACAAAUCAUGCGGAGUCGUACUGGAAAAUUGUGCUGGAUAUUGGUCGUCGCAACACUAUUGCCCGUAUCAAGAAGUGCUGCACCAUCAUGGGCAAGCAGGAGGGAACAUUGACGGCGGCCCAGAUGCUUUACCCGCUUAUGCAGUGCGCCGAUAUCUUCUUUUUGAAGACUGACAUUUGCCAGCUCGGUGUAGACCAGCGCAAGGUCAACAUGCUGGCACGGGAGUACUGCGACCUUGUUGGGCGCAAGCUGAAGCCUAUCAUCCUUUCCCACCACAUGCUUGCGGGGCUGAAGGAGGGCCAGGCUAAGAUGAGUAAGAGUGAUCCGGACAGUGCUAUAUUUAUGGAGGACAGUAAGGAGGAUGUGGAGCGGAAAAUUACGAACGCGUACUGCCCGCGCAUCAAGCAGAAGGAAUCGGAAGUCAAGGAUGAUGGUGCGCCAGUUGUAAGCGAGGAAAAGAAUCCUGUACUGGACUACUUCAGGCAUAUCAUCUUCUCUCACUCCGCCAGCUCUGUGACUUUGGGUGAUACGACGUACACAACGUACGAAGAUCUGGAGACGGCCUUCGUGGACGGUGCGCUUUCCGAAACGGACCUGAAGAGGCUUCUUAUCGACAGCGUGAACGGCCUGCUGGAACCGGUGCGGAUGCACUUCAAGAACGAUCUCCACGCCGCCGAUCUGCUUGCUCAAGUGAAGUCUUUCCGAAGCAGCAGUAAUGGUGGGGGCCCGCCAGCGCCGUCAUCGACUGCAGCUGCGGCGCAACCAAAACAGUCGACCACGCCACUGGCCGUUGCGUGGCUGCCGGCCGUCAUCAAAAUGCCUGUGGAUGUGGCUGUCGCCAUUUGCAGUGCGAUCAAGGUGUUUCUGCAGGAGAACCCGCAAGGUGAGGCAGUGUUGCUGCUCCCGGAGUGGACAUCGCUGGCAUGCGGCAACAUCACUGGUGAGGAGAAGGCCAUCAACGCCGCGCUUGAGUUGAAUCUGUCUCUUUUGCAGGCACAUUGGUUGCCAAAGGAAAGAGUGCGUGUGGUGCGACAGAGUCAGCUCAUCCUUGAGAACAGGAAUGACUACUGGGUCACCGCCAUUAACGUGGGCCGCCGCAAGCAGCUGAGGGAGGUGGAAGAGGUGUGUGGAGAGCUCAAGAAUGCCGGUCAGCUGGUCGCUGCGCUCAUGUACGUGGCGGACACCGUUACGUUGAAGGCGACACACAUAAUCACCACUUCACAGGAUCGCGGCUUCCACGAGAUUGUUAAAGACUUCUUUGCUGGCAGCGUCACCGCCAUUUCCACUGAGGAGGGCAUCGUGCCGCCGCUGCACCGCCCAGAGGCUACGGUCUCCAGUGCCGACGACGUACUAUACCUCGAUGACACCGACAUGGACGUGCGGCGCAAGGUCAAGAAGGCGUACUGUGCGCCGAACGAGGCGGAGAACCCGGUUCUUUCCGUCGCCGUGUGGAUUUUGCGCGAGCGCGGGACGCUGCUUGUGGAGCGGGCGGAGGCGAACGGGGGCAACAUGACGUACAGCGAGGCGGCGCAGCUCCGCGGUGAUGCGCAAUCGGGUGCGCUGCACCCCGCUGAUCUCAAGGCGGCUGUCACGAGCGUUCUGCUGCAGGGGUGCCCCGCGUCCAAGGCGGUGCUGUCGAGCGCCGAGGGGAAGAAACUCUCGCAGGCGCUGCGCCAGGCGGAGAAGGUGCUCUCAAAGUCUAAAUGA